AUGGCAGGACAUUCCCAUAGAUCGUCGGUCAAAAACGGCCACAAGCCGUUCAAAUCUAAGCAUGCUUCGAAAGGUGCGCUAAAAAACAUGUACAAAGGCAAAGUAGAAAAAACAGGGCCCGCAUCGCAGCAGCAGCAGCGGCUCAGCAAGGGAGUCUCGAAACUGCAGCGCAAAAAUACCGCCAGACAAGCACGGGAUCAGAAAAUGAUGGACGCACUCGAAGUGCGUCGGCUGUUUGAGGGCUCCAAUGGUGCUGAGAAGGUCAUCGCAGUGGUGCCCUUGACUCCGGACGUGGACGUUGCGGAUCUAGUAGCGCGUCUUGUGUCGCCGUCGCUGGAAGACCCCGAGGCCGUUUUUCAAGUACCACCCACACCCUGCGUGUUCAACGUUCCCAUCAAGAAAUUCAGAGCCAACCUUAAAUUUGUCAUUCCAGACAUGAACAGCUUUUUCAGCAUCCUCGAUGCUACCAAAGUUGCCGACUUCACUGUCUUUGGCCUUAGCGGUGCCGCUGAGGUUGAUACUGAGUUUGGAGAGCAGGUCAUCCGUGCAGUUGAGCUACAGGGAAUUUCCUCCUACAUGGGCUGUGUCCCAAACCUAUCACAGUCGCAACCAAAAGAGAAGUUUCAGCUUGACCUUAAACAGUCGCUCGAGAGUUUCUUCAAGCACUUUUUCCCCAGCGAAGAUCGCCUUUUCAACUUGGAAAAACCUUCCGAAGCCCUCAAUGCUCUUCGUACUUUGUGUCAAAGAUACCCCAGACAGGUUAGCUGGAGAGACAACAGAGGCUACAUGAUUGCGGACAGCGUAGAUUUUUCAGAAUCCACGGACGAUAGCGAUCCAGAAAGCGGCAUCUUAAUUGUAGACGGAACAGUCCGAGGCAUUGGUUUUGAUGCCAAUCGUUUGAUUCAUAUUCCAGGUUUAGGUGAUUUCCAAAUAUCCCAGAUUGAGAAGGUCGCCGAUUCCAACCGAAGAGCUAGUCGUCAAAAGAAAGUUGAAUCUGACCCAUUAGACAUCGAUCUAAACACCAAUUUCACACCGACUGCAGAACAAGACACUUUAGAGGAAUAUGCACCACAGGAUAUGGACACCGCGUUUGAGUCUGAUGAUGAGGAUUUCCAAUACGACGACCUAACCGCAGCUCGUUACGACGACCAUGGCUUUUUGCCAAGCAGAGAGCAGCCAAUAAAAAAGACAAAGGUCCCUAGGGGCACUUCUGAUUACCAGGCAAGAUGGUACUUGGAUGAUGUGAUUCAAGCUGCAGAUGAGGAAGAGUUGAUAGAUGCAAAUGAUGCUGACAUGGUAAUUGAUGAGAGCGACAAUAUUGAACAAAUAGAUGAACAGGCCCCCCAGGAAGUCGAAGAAACUGUCGACGACGAGAUGUUUGUCGAUUUGUCUCCCGAAGAAGAAGAAUUCCAAUUCAGUCAAUAUCGAGCUCUUGAAAAAGAAGAUAGAGAAUUCCCUGACGAAAUCGAACUAGAUCCUUCCCAGUCUGCUGUUGAAAGACUCAAAAGAUACAGAGGCUUGAAGAACCUACAUAACUGUGUCUGGGAUGUAAAUGAAUACGAUCCUAACGCUACCCCAGAAUGGAAACGCUUACUCAGAAUUGGUAAUUAUACGUGUACCAGAAAUAAGGUUACGAAAGACGCUAUAAAAGGCGCUGAGGUUAUUGCUGGUGAUCGUAUCAGAUUGCAUAUCAAAAUGGCCAAGGGUCUUUUAACAAAACUCAAAGAUCCUCGCCAACAAGUGUUUGCCGUUUACGGGCUGUUGAAGCACGAACACAAGAAUGCACUUGUGAACUUUACUAUUCAAAGAUGGGAGGGCUUCGAAGAUCCCGUCCCAUCGAAGGAGAACUUGUUUGUUCAAUAUGGCGUGAGGAGGUAUCAGAUUCAACCUUUGUUUUCAUCCACGUCAAAUACACCUAACAACGUACACAAGUUUGAGAGAUUUCUACAUCAGGAUUCGGCCUCGAUUGCUACCUGUAUUGCGCCAGUCGACUUCACCCAAUCCCCAGCUUUAUUCUUCAAGGAUUGUCCGGAAGACGUUAAAGGAAUCACAUUUGUGGGCCAUGGCUCUUUCCUCAACGCAGACCACAACCGUAUCAUCAGCAAAAGAACCGUUCUUACUGGUGAUCCUUUUAGAUUCCACAAGAACGUCCUUACAGUGCGUUACAUGUUCUUCCGUCCAGAGGAUGUCGAAUGGUUCAAGUCUAUCCCACUUUUCACAAAGAGCGGUAGAUCUGGGUUUAUCAAGGAAAGUUUGGGCACUCACGGAUAUUUUAAAGCCACUUUUGACGGAAAAUUGUCCGCACAAGACGUUGUGGCAAUGUCGUUGUUUAAGAGGGUAUGGCCUCGCACUUCACAGCCUUUGGACUUUUAG